AUGGAGCAGCCUCCCGUCGAUGAUUCCGGGCUCCGAGAGAAGCCAAACCCGCCAAGUGUGCCGAAAGCCGACGCCGUGUCCUUGACUGAAGUGCUCGUUUGCCGAGAACCGACGAGCGAUGAGCUCAGCCCCGACAUCCGAUUCCCUCAUCCACAUUCCUUAACAGCGGACAUUGACGGCACUUACAGGCAGCGAUUCGAGCCAGAUUACGAGGAUCCAACCACUGAGCCAGGCAGGUUUCUCGAGACCACGACGAGAGCCUUGCACGUUGAGGAUAAUGCAUUUCUCAGCAAUCUUCCUCAGCCGUGGUACUCUUCAGACGGAUAUGCAGACAAACUCAUCGAGUACUUGAGUGAAAGAAAUGAACAAGAUAGGACGAAGCCGUUUUUCGCCUACCUUCCGUUUAGCGCCCCUCACUGGCCUCUUCAAGCCCCCAAGAAGAACAUGAACAAAUAUAAGGGGUUGUAUGCCGAUGGCCCUGAAGUUCUCAGACGUCAGCGACUCGAAAGGCUCCAGAACCUCGGGAUUAUAGCCCCCACUGCUGUGCCUCAUCCAGUCGUUGGUAUGGCCGGCGAAGAGGAUGAGCACCAGUGGGACCGCCUUGAUGAAGAUACGCGACAAAAGUCAGCACGUGCUAUGGAGGCCUACGCUGGUAUGGUUGAUCGAAUGGACUGGAAUGUUGGCCGAGUAUUGGAAUAUCUCAAGAAGACAGGCCAGUACGAGAAUACUCUCAUCAUGUUUAUGUCCGAUAAUGGAGCUGAGGGUGCCUCGUAUGAAGCUGCGCCUAUAUUAGGCGAUCAGAUGAUGGCUCAUAUUGCCAAAUAUUAUGACAAUAGCCUUGAGAACAUUGGUCGUGGGAACUCUUUCGUGUGGUACGGAAACUACUGGGCACAAGCUGCGACGGCGCCUAGCCGACUUUUCAAGAUGUUUUCCACGGAAGGCGGUUGUCGAGUGCCAUUAAUCGUUAAGCCGGCCCUUCAAACUCGGGCUGGUCCUGGGGCGGAAACUCUCGCUACUGAUUCCAUCAUCACAGACGCCUUUUGCACGGUGAUGGAUGUCGUACCGACAAUUCUUGAGCUUGCUGGGUUGCAGCAUCCUGGGAAAGAGUACGCUGACUAUGCGGCCGGAUUCGAGAUUGCUGGCUCGGGGGCUCUCCGUCGCGGGGACUACAAAGUCACUUUUGUCCCAGCACCGCGGGGCCGCAGCGAUGGGAGCUCUUCAACAUUCGCACAGAUCCUGGCGAAACGCAAGACUUGA